CGAGCCGGUCAGUACUUGACACUGCAAUGUGCAAUCCCUCUCUCUUUUUCUGUUUCUCCCCUUGCAGAGUUACGCCGGUUAGAUCUUUUUAAGAGUUUCGGUCUGCGUAUUAGAGCUGGAACCUGUUGGAUCAAUAGUUGCUGGACUUGGAUCUGUUUUAGUGAAUAACAUCCCUAAAAACCGAAAAUGGCAACACUUGCUGAUUCUUUCUUAGCAGAUCUUGAUGAAUUAUCUGAUAAUGAAGCCAAUCUACUUGAUGAAGAUGUUGGUGAUGCUGGAGACAUGGAAGAGGAUAUUGAUGGUGAUUUGGCAGAUAUAGAAUCUCUUAACUAUGAUGAUUUGGAUAGUGUUUCAAAGCUGCAAAAGACACAGCGUUAUAACGAUAUCAUGCAGAAAGUUGAGGAUGCACUUCAGAAGGAGACUGAUGUUUCCAACCAAGGCAUGGUGUUGGAGGAUGAUCCUGAAUAUCAGUUGAUAGUUGAUUGCAAUGCUUUGUCGGUUGACAUUGAGAACGAAAUCAUUAUCAUCCACAAUUUUAUUCGAGACAAAUAUCGCUUAAAGUUUCCAGAACUUGAAUCUCUUGUUCAUCAUCCAAUUGAUUAUGCUCGGGUUGUAAAGAAGAUUGGGAAUGAAAUGGAUUUAACUCUUGUUGAUCUGGAGGGACUUUUACCCUCAGCUAUCAUUAUGGUUGUUUCUGUUACAGCAUCAACUACUAGUGGCAAGCCACUGUCUGAGGAGAAUCUUAAAAAGACAAUUGAUGCAUGUGAUCGAGCUCUUACUCUUGAUUCAGCUAAGAAGAAGGUCCUUGAUUUUGUUGAGAGUAGGAUGGGGUAUAUUGCACCAAAUCUUUCUGCUAUUGUUGGAAGUGCAGUUGCAGCAAAACUGAUGGGGACUGCUGGUGGUCUGUCAGCAUUAGCUAAGAUGCCAGCUUGUAAUGUUCAGCUUCUUGGUGCCAAGAAAAAGAAUCUGGCAGGUUUUUCAACUGCAACUUCCCAAUUUCGUGUAGGCUAUCUUGAACAAACAGAGAUUUUUCAAAGUACACCACCUUCUUUGAGGAUGCGUGCUUGCCGACUUUUGGCUGCAAAGUCAACACUUGCUGCACGAGUAGAUUCAACAAGAGGUGAUCCAACAGGGAAGACUGGAAGGACCUUGCGGGAAGAAAUCCGUAAGAAGAUUGAAAAGUGGCAAGAACCACCUCCUGCAAAGCAACCGAAACCACUUCCAGUUCCAGAUUCUGACCCUAAAAAGAAGAGAGGCGGUCGUCGGCUCAGGAAGAUGAAGGAGAGAUAUGCAAUGACAGAUCUGAGAAAACUGGCUAAUAGGAUGCAGUUCGGAGUUCCAGAAGAGAGCUCUUUAGGGGAUGGUCUGGGUGAAGGGUAUGGCAUGCUUGGGCAGGCUGGAAGUGGGAAGUUGCGUGUAGCUGUUGGUCAGAGCAAGCUAGCAGCCAAAGUUGCUAAGAAGUUCAAGGAAAAAAACUAUGGAAGCAGUGGUGCUACCUCAGGAUUGACUUCAAGUUUGGCAUUUACACCCGUGCAGGGAAUUGAACUUACAAAUCCACAGGCUCAUGCAAAUCAACUGGGAAGUGGAACUCAAAGUACCUACUUCUCUGAAAUAGGAACAUUCUCAAAGAUCAAGCGCACUUGAAUCAUCAUGAGGCAGUGCUUAUGUCACUCCUAAUUAAAGUACACCCAGUCUUGUGACUCUUUUUACUUAAAGUAAGUGAAAUUUAAGGGAACAAAGUAAAUUACCAAAUGAACCUUGUUAAACUGAUUCUUCUGACUUAUUUUUUGUAUAUCAGCUUCCUAUUCAAUGGAAGUUACGACUGCAGGACUUGGCUAUGCAGAUUAUCAGCAAAAAAAUGACACUUCGUUGAAUAUUCAUUUGAAGGUAGCCUGAAACCAUCGAUUUCUUAUAUAUGGUAUCAAUAGAUUCAAUACU